UUAUUUUCAAACGUCAGCUCUGUUCGGUUAUCAAAUAGUUUAGUUCAAUUCAGUACUUAAAUUUCAAUGGAUACCAAAUAGUCUACAAAUUCAGCUUUCAGACUUCAGCUUUUAGUUUUACCAAACACCACUUUAGUGAAGUUUUUAAUUCUACAUCCUUUGAUUCUUCCUCUCCUCUUCUAAUUCUUCCCAUCUUCUUCUAAUUUUCUGGUUUUGUUGGAACCUCCUCCUCCUUUUCUACUAUUUUUCUGUUUUUUUUUUGUUGUGUUGUUACUUGCGAUGUUGAUUCUACUUCCUCUUCUUCUACUUUGUUUCUAUUUUUUUUUUUGAUGCGAUGUGAUGCUGAUUUUGUUUCUAGUUCUGUUGGAACCUCCCCCUCUACUGUUGUUGUCAUGUUGUGUUAUGCAAUUAUGCUUAGACUGAUUUUCUACUUUGUUAUUUUGGUUUUUUGCUUUGUUAUGAUUGGGUUUCUAUUUUGUUAUGACUGGGUUUCUACUUUGUUAUGCUGGUUUUCUGCACUUGUUGCUUAGACUGAUUCAUCUGUGUUUGUUUUUUAGACUACUCCUGUUUGAUUCUGCUGUUUUGUAAUGGUUAGUUCAAUUGCUUUUCUCGAAAAGGACUGAUUUAGUAGAAUAUCAUAUAAUUUUUGUAGUUGCUUCCUAUUUUUAACGGAAAGGAUUUCAUGUGUUGUGAUGGUUGAGUACUAAUGAUCUGAUUUUUCAUCUGUGAUGGUUUAGAUAUAAAAUAUUUGCUUGUUUUUUUAUUGUUCGUUUCGCUUCAAUGAAGUGCUCUCUCUCGCCUCUCGCCUCUCGCCUCUCGCCUAGGCCCAAGGGGACUUGUUCGCUUCGGUUCGCUUCACGCAUUAAAUAACACAGCUAUUAUUUUCCUUUUAACAAAGUUGUAUUGUUUCCAGGAGUUCGAAGUAUAACCCUUGGUUUGGAAACAGAGAAGCUUUUAAUAUUUUCUGAUCAGCUGGGAAUAUUGUGUAAAUAUAUUGCUAGGUGAUACGAUUGUGUGCCUUAUUUACAUUAUUCUAUACUGCACUCCCUACUACCAUACAAAUGUUGCUCCCAGUGCCAAUGUUGAGGAUUUGGAGAUGUCGAGGUAGGCUGCUUUUGUUUGGAGUUGUGUUCUGUGGGUUUUACUAAUAUUUUGGCAGCGAUUUUCCUUCUUUGGGACUUUUCUAACUUCUUAUUUUGACCGAGGUUGGAUUGGGGUUUGUUAACCACCUUUUUAACAAUUGCAUUUCAUUUUGAAUCUUAGGCAAUUUGGUUCGUGAAUUUAAUGCAGGCUUUAGUGAGGUUUUGUGUUAGAGUGGUGGAGAUUGAGUGAGCAAUGUCAAAUAUUUUCACUUUUUCCAUAGAUAUGAAGAUUUUUUCUUUUCAUUAGGAUGAGCAGUCCAUCAAAUGGUUUUUCUUAGUCGUGUUCUCUUCUACAAAACUUUCUGUUAUUUAAUGUCCUUUGAUAAAUUGGGUUUCAAUUGAAAACUGAAUGUUAAUUGCAGUGAAUAUAUGUUAAUGAUUCUGAAGAUAUUGGAUGUAUACUGUUGAUGGAAAAAAAAAAGGUUGGGAAAAAUUUUCCUCAUUACCCUUUAUAAAAUUGUUGAGAAACAGCAUUGAUCAAUUGGCUGGAGUUCAAGUGUGUAGACACACAUUUUACCUUGUUUUCAUAUGUUGAAGUAUCCUUUCUGGUGUUUCUGAGGAGCAAAUAAUUUUUUAUUUCUGUUUGCACUCAUAAUCGAUGUCAUUUUUAUAUCACUUUAUCAGCUAUGUUUGACUGUUGAUGUUUUGCUAUUGGAUGUUUUCACCCACUUAGUAACUCUUUGUCUUGAUAUUGAGCAGGAAUUCCAUAAAAGCAGAAUGACAAGAUCAUCUAUGUUUCCAGCUUCCACUUAUAGUCCGCCAGAGGAUUCAUUCAACCAAGAUGUGAUCACUACUGUUGAAAUGACCAUGAAGAAAUAUGCUGACAAUCUCAUGCGUUUUCUAGAGGGCAUUAGUUCACGUCUAUCGCAAUUGGAAUUAUAUUGCUACAACCUGGACAAAUCUAUUGGAGAAAUGCGGUCUGAUUUAGUUCGUGAUCACGCGGAGGCAGACUCAAAGCUCAAAUCUCUCGAGAAGCAUCUCCAAGAGGUUCACAGGUCUGUUCAGAUCCUAAGAGACAAGCAAGAACUUGCUGAAACCCAGAAGGAACUAGCCAAGAUUCAUCUUGCACAGAAAGAAUCCUCUUCGUCAAGCAACUCCCAGCAGAAUGAGGAGAGAGCUGCACCACCUGCUUCUGAUCUCAGAAGGACAGAGAACACAUCAGACGUGCAUGGCCAGCAAUUGGCUCUUGCCCUACCCCAUCAAGUGGCACCACCACCUCCACUUCCCACCAGACCUGUAGAGCAGCAGCAGCAGCCUGUAGCAGCACCACCACCACCAAUGCCGCCUCAGAGUAUGACACAAUCACCGGCAUAUUAUUUACCUCCACCAAAUCCUACAGCUCCAACCCCGGCACCUCAGGGUCAAUAUUUGCCAUCAAAUUCUCAGUAUCAAACUCCCCAAAUGCAAGACAUUUCUAGGGUGGCACCACAGCCAGCACAAUCUCAACUGAAUCAGAGACCACAUAUCCAGCCAUUACCUCAGUAUCAGCAGCAGUGGCCGCAGCAGCUACCUCAGCAGGUGCAGCCUCCACAACAGCCCUCCAUACAGCCCCAGAUUAGACCCUCAUCUACAGCGGUUUACCCUCCUUAUCUGCCAACUCAACCAGCAAAUCCUUCUCCCCCUGAGACACUCCCAAGCAGCAUGCCAAUGCAAGUGCCAUUUUCUGGAAUUCCUCAGCCAGGCACAAGCCGUUCAGAGGCAAUGCCUUACGGAUAUGGUGGGGCUGGUAGGACUGUCCAGCCACAACCAUCACCUCAACAUCUCAAGGCCACUUUUGGAGCUCCGCCAGGGGAUGGGUAUACAGCUGCUGGAUCCCAUCCUACAUUCUCCCCGGGGAAUGCAUAUAUGAUGUACGAGAGUGAAGGGGGAAGGAUACAUCAUCUACCACAACAGCCUAACUUCCCUCAAAAUGGGUAUCCUCCCACAACUGUACCUCUCCAGAAUCCACUGCCAACUGCUAGUGCUAACGUUAUGACUCGUCCUCCACAGUUAAUGCGCAACCAUCCCUACAAUGAGCUGAUUGAGAAAUUGGUGAACAUGGGAUAUAGGGGUGAUCAUGUUGUGAGCGUAAUUCAAAGGUUGGAGGAGAGCGGCCAGCCCGUUGAUUUCAAUGCUGUGCUCGACAGAUUGAAUGGGCAUUCUUCUGGGGGUUCUCAGAGAGGAUGGUCUGGGUAAGCAGAUAUCCAUGCUCCAACUUAUCCAGUUGGUGCGAGAUCACUGGGCGCUUUUAGUAUAUCUUGCAUCCAAUAAAGGCUGAUAUGCUUUGCACGGUGUUUGUUAUAUAUGGAUCAAGAGAGCUAUUGUAUAUGUGUUCUCUCUUCCCAGGACUCUUGUGAUUGGUUGUUACAUUACCUGUUUUGAUAUGUUGCAAUAGAAAGGCUGGUUGAAUAUCUGUAUGUUGUCAGAUUGAUAUGUUUUACCAGUGAGCUAGUGUUGGACUUCACAUUUACGUUAAGUUUAUUGAAACAUGUCAGGUUUUAUAUUAUAGAUCUGGCUUGCA